CCCCCACCCACACUUCUAUACUAUACUGUAUAUCACCAGCAGUGUAUAACCUCAAUUCAAACCAUUAACCUUUCCCCAUUCCAUACUUCCCCAUUAGUCAACAUGUCCCUGCUCCGCCUCACCAAAUCCUUCUCCUCCCCCUCCCCUCUGCUUCACCGCUACCUCCCCCACCGCACCCUAGCCACUGCACCCCCCAAGAAGAAAGAAUGGCUCUGCAUCCUCCCCGACAAGCCCAACGUCCUCGACCUCCGCCUGCAAGUCCGGCCAAUGCACUACGCGGAACUCAAACCCCUCAUCGAGGCAGGAAAGAUGGUCGUCGGCGGCGCGAUGGUCGACUCCCACCCGGAGGAGGGCAAGCCCCUCUCCUUCAAGGGCAGCAUGAUCGUGGUGACUGGGGAGACGGUGGAGGAGGUGCAUGAGCUGAUCAACAACGAUAUUUACGCUAAGAGUGGCGUGUGGGACUUGGAGAAGGCGCAGGUUAUUCCCUAUAUUUCGGCGGUUCGGGAGCCGUUGAAUAAGGAGUAGGGCGCGGUUGAUAUGGGGCAGUGAUUUGAGGUGAUUGUCAUUGGUGUAAGGGUAAGGAUCGUUUUGAGCGAUGGGUUUGGAGAUUCCUCCAUGUGAGGAGCAUGAAAAUGCGUCACAUGAAUUGUGGAGAAUUAGGAGGUCGAAUUUCUCAGAUGGUGUUUGGGUUCUAAAUUUGUCUGCUGGAUCAGGGACGGUGCAGAUGUUACGCAGUCAUAUCCCCUUGCACGCUAUACUUAGAUAGGACCUCAUCAGAUCACGUAAUGAACUUAUGUCCCACAGACGUCGG